AUGAGUAAUCAUCGCCGUUCUAGUCGUGUGGAUACUCCGAUAGAGCAAGCCGAUGAUGUGGACGAACCACCUCCUUCUCAUCAGACCCAUUUCACUUAUGGGUCUGCCGAACGAGGUGGACACGGCACUUUCACUCUUCCUCGACGGCCUUCUCAACGAUCUCCAACGCGUCGGCACCAACAGUUUAUUAAGCACGAAGAAGAUCUUUCUGGAGGCAUAAGCGUCUAUGACCUUUCCGGUUUAGCGCCGUCUAACACUCAAAGAGAAAGUGACUUGGCGGUUGUACAUGAUUCUUACCCACCUCCUCACUCUCAUCAUCCCUCACCAAUAACCCAUGUGCGCCCACCCUUGGAGCGAUACCGUCAACAUUCAGAGGAGGAGGACGACCACGGCGAACGACAACGUGGCCAGGAAGCACUAGCUGCUUACGAAUCUCAAAAUUAUCGUCAACAUCGUAAUUAUCCUCAUCAGCAUCCCUCACUGCAACACCUAUCCUUACCCUACACACCGUUUCCCGAAUCGCACCAGUCUGUUUCUUUGACACCUUCACACCCGGGCGAGUCGCCUCUGUUUCUUCGCCAUCCCCACGACCCUAGAUUAGCCCAGAGCCACGCUGCUGCGACUAGUUACGGAGCAUCUCCAGACCCCAACUUGCCCCCUACUGUUGGUGAUCUAGGCCUGAUCCAGCUCCAAGGCUUAGCGUCUCUUACCCCCCCUCUGCAGCCCCUUGUUGGUUUCUCUCCGUCGGGCCCUAUUGGAUCCGCCCUUCCGUUUACCCAUAUCAACCCCAACAUCUCAUAUAACCACCAGCAGCCCGGUGGACUUAGGUUCCCCGGUGACCACCCAGUAUCAUUCAUGCAGAACCCACAACUGUCAAUACUUAACGCCGAGUCAUUUGACGAUGGCAGUCCUGCUUUUCGUGCGUCAAGGAGUUUAACUGCUGGAAGGACGCGGGCCACAGCGGGCGAUGCAGCAAGGACGGCGAAAAAGCGAUCCAAAGCCCAGUCCUCUGAUGGCUGCGAGCCAGAGGAAGAGGAGAAGAGGCGAUCGCGAGGUAGACCACGCCUAGACGCGAACGACGAAACUGCAAAAGACCGUCGUCGGACCCAGAUUCGCCUUGCGCAAAGGGCGUAUCGCAACCGCAAGGAAACCGCCAUUCAGUCCCUCGAGAAGAAGGUCGACCAGCUCAAGAGCAACAAUGAGGAGAUGAGCAAGGCCUUCAUGAAGCUGUACGACUUCGCUGUCAGCAAAGGCAUGCUUGAAAGUGCGCCCGAGUUUGGCCGCCAACUUCAAGCAACGACUGAGAAAUUCGUCACGUUGGCGCGCAGGACCAGCGAGGACGGAUGCGUAGAAGACGAGCUUCCUGCGGACCAAGAAAACGUGUCUGACGGCCACAAGUCUCCCCAGAACAGCGGACCCGACAAGGCCAACGAAAAGUCAACCACUCCAGACACCGUCCAGCAGCCCGAUCAGGUCUUGUACGGAGGCUACAUUGUCGGAACGGAUCACUUCGCCCUGCAGCCCACUCCCCAAAUACAGACGCUGACCGCCGUACACACCACGUCGUGGGCCCAGGACAGCCAGGCUCUCGAGGCGCGAUCGAUAGCGGCGCAGGCCCCGCUGGGGUACGAAAUCAUCACGGAGCCGACGCCAGACAAUGCAAGCUUUCCAUUCGGUAUGUCCUUCGAGAGCGGCCUGGGCACCGCGGGCCUCUUUAACUCGCCGGGCCAGCUCUUCCCCGAGUCUCCCUACUCUCUACUUUCCGUGCCGAGCUCGUACGCGUACCAGGAGCGCACGUUCGGGCGGCGGCUUCAGCGAAGCACGUUGGAGCGUGCGUACGCCCUGAUACGCAUGCCCAACCCGCCUCCGCACUGGAUCGCCUCCGCCUUUGGCUUUUGCCUGCUCUUUGAGUCCCGCGAAAAGAUCACGGAGCGACUGGCUAACCGGCUCAGUGUGACCCAAAACGAGACUCUCUUCAACUGGCGGUUUCCCUUCCUGCAUCUCGGCGGAGGCGGGACCUUCUUCGACGACAUGCACAAGGAAACACACGCGGCCGGGUCACCUCGUAGCGACAAGACCCGGCGGCCGGUCGGAAACCAGGAAUUGCAGGCGCCGGAUCGGCACAAAAUGGACUCGUUAUACGGGAUUGGGCCCUGGAACGCAGAGACGGAAGAAGUGAGGGAUGUGAGGGUCGACCGGAAACUCCGCAUGUCCGUGCCGGGCUUCGAAGGCGACUUUUACGACGCGGACGAGGUCGAGUGGGUAUUGCAGCAGAGGGGCGUGGUCAUCCCGCCCGCGGCCGACUUUGUCACCGCCGAGAUCGACCCCAACGAUUUUACGGGCGAGGUCACCAUCGGCAGCCGGGCGUUUGAGUCCGUCAUGGACAGCUACAUCGCGAACAACCUCGCCGACGAGAGGAACGCCGGAAUGGACGCCGGCGGUGGCGACAAGGGCCAGUCGUCGAACCACAGGAUGCCACCGCAAAUGACCGUGGCGCAGCCGCCGCUGGAGCUUGUUGGUUCCACAACGGCGAGCGCCGCAUCGAGCGAUACUUUGACGUCUCCCUUGAAUUUGGAUCCCAAUCUCGGGGACGACUUGUUCGGGCUUGGAGGUACUGUUCCCAACCAGUCGUCGCACACGGAACCCUCGAGAAGGACGGUGACGGUUAAUGUCGAAACGCUGGUUCAUGAGCUUGGUCUACGGUCUGUUUGUUUAGGGAGGACACCGGGGAUCCGGCCCAAGGAUAUCAACGCUGCUUUCUGGAAAUCCCUGGCAUGA